GGCGGGGAAAGGGGCGUGUCUUGUUGGAACGAGGCCCCGCCCACCUCCGUCAGACCCAGGAAAGGGGCGCCAGGCCUAGAAAGAGGGGAGGCUGGCUCUGAUCCCCCCUCCUUGGGCAAUGGCCUUUGCUUCAUGACAUAACCGGAUGGAGAAGGGAAGAGGUUCUUCAGUCCUGAUGGAGCCCAGAGUGAAGAUGGAGGAGCCAAACUCUUACAGCCCUGAAGGAGGAAGCGAGCCAAAUAAAUUGUGGGGCAGGAGAAGUGCUGAAUUGUGGCAGAGAAUGGGGAAGGAUGCUCUAGAUGAGAAGACAUUCAGUUCAGAUGUUCUAUGGCAGCUCUUCCGGCAUGUCCAUUUCCAGGAGGCCUUGGGGCCCCGAGAGGUGUGCAGCCGCCUCCACUCUCUCUGCCGCCUGUGGCUGAAGCCUGAGGAACAUACCAAGGCGGAGAUGGUGGACCUGGUGCUCCUGGAGCAGUUCCUGGCCGUCCUUCCUGCGGAGAUGGAGCGCUGGGUGAGGGAAUGUGGGGCAGAGACCAGUUCCCAGGCCGUGGCUUUGGCUGAAGGAUUCCUCCUGAGUCGGGAAGAAGAAGAGCGGCAGGAGAGAGAGGUCCUUCAGGCCCAGGAGGCCCCACUGGAGACCAGCAAGAAGUUCUCUUCUGGGUGGAUUGAACUAGAGGACAACACAGGAGAGUCUCUGCUAGGGGAUGAGCCAAGGAUGGUGGGAAGAAGGAAUAGUUCAUCUCUUUGUGGUGAGGGAGACAUGGCUUCUGUGGAACAAAAUCAGGUGACUUUUGAAGAUGUGGCUGUGACUUUCAGUGAUGCUGAGUGGGCUCUGCUGGAUCCAGAUCAGCAGGUCUUGUACAAGGAAGUUAUGGAUCAGAAUGUUAAGAUGGUGGUUUCUUUUGGUGGAGAUGGGCAGGGGAGUAAAAAUGGGCAAGUGCCAUGCGAAGGAUGGUUGCAAACAGACAGAUGUGUAGAGGAGAACAUAACAACGGAAGCAGAGGAAAGUAGAAGGAGCCAGUACCUUGCCACCAGUGAUGAUAUCAGAGAACAUAUAGAGCAAGCACAACUGAAAUCCCAUCAAUCGGAAGAAAUAUUUGAAUUUAGCAAACACUUUCCUAACCAUGAAAAAUAUAAUCAUCAUUAUCCAUAUAAACGCCUGGAUUGUGGGAAAAGCUUCCAUCAUAACAAAGUCCUUAGUAGACACACGGGAGUGAAACCAUAUAAAUGCCUGGAGUGUGGAAAAGCCUUUAUUUAUAAGACAAGUCUUGUAGGGCAUGAAAUGAAUCACAGAGGAGAGAAACCCUAUAAAUGCCUGGAGUGUGGGAAGAGUUUUAGCUUCAAAUCAGUCCUUAAAAAUCACCAGGAUAGGCAUAAAGAAGAGAAACCAUACACAUGUCUUCAGUGUGGGAAAAGCUUUCAUCGUAACGGAGACCUGAGCAGACACCAGAAAACCCACACGGGACAGAAGCCAUAUAAAUGCCUGGAGUGUGGGAAAUGCUUUACCGAAAAGAGAAGCCUCAUACGGCAUGGAGUGAUGCACAGAGGAGAGAAGCCCUUUCAGUGCCAGGAGUGUGGGAAGGUUUUCAAUUACAAAUCACGCCUCAAGAGUCACCUGAAUAGUCAUAUACAAGAGAAAUCCUACACAUAUCCUCAGUGUGGGGAGAGUGUCAGUUGCAAAUCAGUCCUGAAAAAUCGCCAGGAUAGGCAGACAGAAGAGAAACCUUUCAAAUGUUUGGACUGUGGGAAAAGCUUCCAUCAUAAUGGAACCCUCAGUAGACACCAGAAAACCCACACUGGAGAGAAACCACAUAAAUGCCAGGUGUGCGGAAAAGCUUUUAUUGACAAGACGAGUCUCGUAGGUCAUGAAAUGAACCACAGAGGAGAGAAGCCCUAUCAGUGCCUGGAGUGUGGGAAGAGUUAUAGCUUCAAAUCAGUCCUGAAAAACCAUCUGGAUAGGCAUACAGAAGGGAAACCAUACAAAUGCCUGGAUUGUGGGAAGAGCUUCCAUCAUAAUGGAGACCUUAGUAGACACAAAAAAACUCACAUGGGAGAGAAACCAUAUAAAUGCCUGGAAUGUGGGAAAGGCUUUACUAAGAAGAGAAGUCUCCUACAACAUGGAAUGACUCAUGGAGGAGAGAAGUCAUAUCAAUGCCUGGAGUGUGGGAAGGGUUUCAACUGCGAAUCACACCUCAAGCGUCAUCAGAAUAGUCAUACAGAAGGGAGACCGUACACGUGUCUGUAUUGUGGGAAAAGCUUCAAUCAUAAUGGAACCCUCAUUAGGCACCAAAAAACUCACACAGGAGAGAAACCAUAUAAAUGCCUGGAGUGUGGGAAAAGUUUUAUUGACAAGACCAGUUUCAUAGGUCACGAAAUGAAUCACAGAGGAGAGAAGCCCUAUCAAUGCCUGGAGUGCGGGAAGAGUUUUAGCUUCAAAUCGGUCCUUAAAAAUCACCGGGACAGACACACAGAAGAGAAACCAUACACAUGUCUUCAAUGUGGGAAAAGCUUUCAUCGUAACGGAGACCUUAGCAGACACCAAAAAACCCACACUGGAGAGAAACCAUAUAAAUGCCUGGAGUGUGGGAAAGGCUUUAGUCAAAAGAGAAGUCUCAUAGGGCAUGAAAUGAACCACAGAGGAGAGAAGCCCUAUAAAUACCAGGAGAGUCAUGCAAAAGAGAAAUCUUACUCAUACCUUCUUGGAGAUUUGGUAGAAGCCAUUCCAUGUGCUGACUCUUCCACGGAGACCUGCACAUUCCCUGAUGACAACCUUUGUUGCGCUUCUCCUUGUUCCGAUGCUGGAGAGACCUUCAAGUUUAUUCUGUAGCUUCAAACUUACAGAAUUAGUCCUGGUCUUUCUCCUUCUGUGGGUAACAUUCCUCCAAGGGUCUACUCCUGUGUUUGGGGUGUGACCUCCUCCUCAGAGAGAUCCUAUGUGUGUUUCUCCUGUAAGACAGUCUGCUUUGCUGGAUUCAAGGCAACCUCUUCCUUUAGUCCUAGGUCCAGUUCUAUUCAACAUCUUUAUUAGUGGUUUGGAUGAAGGUUUAGAGGGCAUGCUUAUCAAGUUUGCAGAUGACAUCAAAUUGGUAGGGAAAGCUAAUACUCCAGAAGAGACUAGGAGACUAGGACGUGGAACAAUGGCUUUAAACUACAGAAAGGAGAUUUCACUUGAACAUUAGGAAGAACUUCCUCAUUGUGAGAGCUGUUCAGCAGUUGAACUCUCUUCCCCAGACUGUGGUGGAGGCUCCUUCUUUGGAGGCUUUGAAGCAGAGGCUGGAUGGCCAUCUGUCAGGGGUGCUUUGAAUGUGAUUUCCUGCUUCUUGGCAGGGGGUUGGACUGGAUGGCCCAUGAUGUCUCUUCCAACUCUAUGAUUCUAAGACAGGAUCAAAAUUUCCAAAGGUCCUCAACAGAUCAGAGAUUUGAGCCAAAAGUAACAACAUUAAUUUCCACAAGGAGAUAUGAGCAAAUGGUGCUGUUCCAUUAUCCGGGUGGAGACCACCAGUGGCAAGAGAAGGAUUGUCCCAUUUUAUGGGGGCGGAGGGUGGGUUGAAGAAGGAAAACUCAUGCUCCCUUGUUUUCUUGUUACUCCAGUCGAAAAUGAGAAGGGCGUCAAGCAAGGGUGCAUUUUGGCCUCACUAUUAUUCUACUUCUAUAUUAACUCCAUGGUGGAACAUAUUUACAACUUGGACUUCCACCCUCCAAAAUAGCAGGAAGGCAUUUAUCCACCCUGCUUUAUGUAGAUGAUGCAGGUCUUCUUUCUAGAACUCAAGUUGGACUGAAAAGAGCCCUGAGAGCUUUAAUAAAUUACUGCGAUGCAGAACAGCUUCAUCCCAACUUUCAGAUUGAACAUGAGCCAACAGUGUGAUGCAGCAGAUAAAAAAGCCAAUGGGAUUUUGCAUCCAAAGGAGUAGAGUGUCUAGAUCAAGGGAAGUCAUGUUUUGGUCAGACUUUACCUGGAAUACUGUGUCCAGAUCUGGGCACCACAAUUUAAGAGAGCUAUUGGUAAGCUGGAAGGUGUCCAGAGGAAGGCGACUAAGACGAUCUAAGGUCUGGAGCGGCUCAUAGAGUGGGACAUGUUUAGCCUGCAGAAGAGAAGGUUGGGAGGAGACAUAAUAGCCAUGUGUAAAUAUCUGAAAGGUUGUCAUAAGGAAGAGGGAGCAGGCUUGUUUUCUGCUGUCCUGGAAACUAGGACUCGGAACACUGGGUUCAGGAGAUUCACCUGAACAUUAGGAAGAACUUCCUGAUCGAAGUGUGGUUGAAGUUACUUCCUUGGAGGCUUUUAAACGGAGACUAGGUUGGCCAUAUGUUGGGGGGUGCUUUUCCUGCAUGGAAGGGGGUUGGACUAGAUGGCUCGUGUAAUAUCUUCCAAUUCUUUUUUUCCUAUGAUUCUAUGAUUCCUGACAAGUUGGUGUGUGGAUACCUGGGCUUCAAAGUACUGAACCUUCUUUACCAAGAAGGUCACAAUCCAACUUGCACUUGCUGAAGGCAGAGCUAUCCACGUCCUUUGGAAAAAACAUAAACAUUCCAGAACUGUUGUAGGUGACUGCUUGUGUUUCCUCACCAUUCUGGGAGAUAGAGAAUGAGAUGGAGAAUUAGGUAGAGAACGGAACAGAAAUCUGGUCUUCCCUGCCUGGAGUCUGGUGCAGACCUUGCCGACUGGAGAAGUCUCGUCCAGCAUGAAAUGAAUCACCGAUGAAAGAGGUCCUAAAAUGCCUGGAGUGUGGGAACAUUUAUAUUGAUGUGGAGACCAAAAUCCACUGCUUGUGGUAAUAUGAAAAUAACCAAAUAAACUCAAUGUAUAUAUUACAAUAACAUAUAUUUGGGUUCACAGAUUUUAUAUUCUUCUAUAUAUGUUCUAUUAUUCAUGUCAUAAUGUAAUACUACCUUUAGCCACUAUCUAUGUCCCCUUAGGAUCCACCUAUUCAGAAAACUGAUGGUGAAUUUCUCACCUCAAAAGUUGAACCUUUGUUGAUUAUUGAAGUAAGUAAAGUGCCUGAAUAAACUUUUUUGUAAACUUUUUCAUAAACUUUCUGUACAAAUUAUUUAAUUGCAUGUAUAUAUUAAUGAUAUGUAUUAUUUGUAGACCCAACCGCCUGACAAAGACUCCUGUGAGUCGAAACCGGUUGCAGGUUUGAGUCAAGUUAUAUGAGAACUGGAGUCUACUCAUAUGUAAUAAAGAACAGGACAUUUACUCAUACAAAAAACUUGGCCUUAUACUUCAAGAGAAGAACCGCUGGUUUCUACUUCUAUGUGAUUGGAACAGUCCUGUUUUUUGGAUAUAUGUUACUAGCUGUGCCCGGCCACGCGUUGCUGUGGCGUUGUCUGGUGGUGUUGGUGAGAAAUUGCUGAGGUAGUGGUGGUAUUGAAUGUCUGUUGUAUGUUUGUCUUUAUGUUUAGUAUGCAUUUGGUUGUUUGUGUACUGUGAAAGUGGUGAGGAUAGAGGACACCGUUUAUGUUGGAUUAGUGAGACUGUACUGUAUAUUUGUAAUCUUAUAUUAUCUGCCUAGAACUGCCCCUUCUACACAGCUGUAUAAACUGCACACUGAAGUGAAUUAUCUGGCAGUGUGGACUCAAGAUAAUCCAGUUCAAAGCAGAUCAUAUAAGAUUCUAAAUGGGUAAUAUAGCUAUGUGGAAGGGCCUUGAGUCUACACUGCCAUAUAAUCCAGUUCAAAUCAGAUAAUCUGUAUCUUAUAGGCAGUGUGGAAGAGGCCUGAGGCCUAACUGUGCCUGUCCCCUGGACUGAGUAGAUUGCUAGGAGACCAAGUGGGCGGAGCUUAGCCCUCUAACUGGCAGCAAUUGGAUAAAAACAAUUAUUCCUUUCCCUCUAAUUAGGACUUUAUUUUUCUUUUCUUUUUGUUGUAUCAACCUAGAGCCGUGGAUGAUGGGUUGUGUUGUCAAAUUUCGAGGUUGGGGGGCCUGUAGUUUUGUUGUUUUGUCCGCUGCCCUGAUGUCAUCACUCUUUUAUAUAUAUAGAUUGUAAUAUAUACAUUGAGUUUAUUUGGUUAUUUUCAUAUUACCACAAGCAGUGGAUUUUCGUCUCCACAGUUUUAGGGGAACCCAUUGUUCUUUUAGGUAAACAUUUAUAUUGAUCUCAGGCUUCAAAAUGCUCCAGGUUAGAAUUCAUAGGAAUGCCAAGACUAUGGGAAGCGGUUCAGUUACUAUUCAGCUUCCAAUAGAUGCCAAAGUCUUCACACAAUGAAGAAAACAUAUGGACAGAAAACUAUCCUUUGCAUAUGUUUGCUCCCACCUUGUCUUACAGUUGAUUCAAGUCGUCUUGGGUCAAGGAACAAUCUGAGAGGUUCAGUUAAAUACACGCCUUGUGGCACUUGAGAUCAGGCAUGGGCCAACUUGGGCCCUCCAGAUGUUUUGGACAUCAACAUUCACCAUUCCUAUCAGCCUUGGGCCCGGAAAGAGCCCAAGGCUGAUAGGAAUGGUGAAUGUUGAUGUCCAAAACAUCUGGAGGGCCCAAGUGGGCCCAUGCCUGCUUUAGAUGCUUCACUGGCUGAUACAAUGUGGUAUCCACACCUGUUCUUCCCCUUUCAGCUGCAAGUUCUUAUGUUUUGUAUUUGUUUUAGAAAGUUCAGUGAAUUUUUUGCACUUUCCUUCACGGUUUUAAAGAAUAAAGUUUUUCAUGUGCCCA